AUGCUCUCCGCCGGGGAACGUCCUCAACUACCGGUGCCGUCUGCCCUUGUAAACUCCUCAUCCACCGUACCUGUUAAUAGGGUGCACGCCAUGCCUGAUCUUGAGCCCAACGGUACUUCUGCUCCCGCCGGAAUCAUUCCUCAGAAGGGCAAUACAGUGGCAGAUAUCCAGCACAUCUGGGUGGUGACCGGCCCCGCUGGAUGUGGGAAAAGCACAGUCGGUCAAGUCCUGCGGAAUAAGCUAGAUGUUCCAUUUCUAGAAGGCGAUGAUGUAUGUGACCUCAGCCACCGAUGCUCUCUCCCCUCCGAAUCCAACAACUUUCAACCACCUGCCGGUGUUGUUGUCGCCUGUUCCGCUUUGAAGAAGAAAUACCGUGACGUUAUGCGCGUCGCUACAUACGGCGAGCCGUCUGUUCAGAUUCAUUUUGUCUAUUUGAAACUCACCGAGGCUGUUCUCAUGCAGCGCGUUACUCAACGCCAGGCGCACUAUAUGAAGAGCGACAUGGUUAAGUCUCAAUUAGCCGCGCUCGAGGAGCCCCGCGAGAAUGAGUGGGAUGCUAUCACGAUUAAUGUGGAGGGCGCGCAAGAGCAGGUGCAACAGAAUGUACUGGAUGCUGUUGCCAAGAAGCUUGCCGAGUACUCCUGA